UGAGCUAUUGCGUGCUGAUUUAAGAAUGCCCAUAUGGUGCAAAAGAAAAUAUUUCUGUUCCACAGAUUGUCUUCUAUUUUCACAAUGACUCUGAAGUAAGGAUAACUCCAGGCCAUGUACAUAGACAACUUUGUGCUACAGCUUCUCUUGAUGCUGAUGAUGGACAACUUAUGGGCACAUGAUUCUGAGGAUGAUAACUGCACUGCCAUUACUAUUGAAAGAGGUAAAAAGUACUAUACAAAUCUUGGUGAUUCAGCUACUCUAGAGUGCCCCGUGACCUACUACAGAAAAAAGCCUGAAAUGAAUUGGUACAUGCUGAACAAGAGCGAAGAGAAGUUCCAUAUUUUGUAUCCUGAAAAAAGACGUUCCAUUUCAUGGAUGAAUGAAACUACAUUUGUUUUGAAUUUUCAAUCUGUUAAUAAAAAUGACAGAGGACAAUAUCGUUGUGAUGCUAUUAUAGGAAAAAGGAAAUAUGAGAGUCAUGUUAUAGAAUUAAUUGUUCAAGAUCACAGUAACACCUCAGUGUUUCUAAAUACUACAAAUACUAAAGAAGAUCAGAAACCACAUGAAAAGAAUGAGAAGUUGAUUAUGAUUUAUUCCAUACCAUCCCUCGGUACUCUGUUUCUCAUUUUUGCCUGCUUUGGGUGGCUGUAUUUCAAGAGGAAGCAUCAAGUAAAAAACGCAACUGGUUCAUCAAACCCAGAAAAUGGAAUUAAUAGGAAUACCCAACACUGCAAUGAAAGCGCCACUCAUGUCUCAAAUGAGGGAUCCAACUUUAAUGAAGAUUGCAUGCCUUGCUUGCUUCAAGUUACAAAUGGGAAUCAAGACAGUUACCAGAAGGCUUCUAGAAACAGUCUGAAUUCUAUACAUAAUGAAGGCCUACCUGGAGACCCAAUUAUUUAUGCAACAUUAAACCAUGGAGAACUUUUUCAGAGAAGCAAGCCAUCUGAAGAAACUGAACUUACAGAAUAUGCCAUCAUCAGACCGAAGAACUAAAUGUGGACAUCAUUCAUUGAUUAGUAUUGUUUUAUGUUCUCCACUAUGGUUCAGCAAGCUUAUCCACAAACACCCCUCAUAUAGUCUGUUUCUGCUUGGAACGUUCUUCUGGAAAGAAAUAAUUAUUUAUUUCUCAGAUAAUGCAUGGCUAAAAUGAAUCACAUUUUUUCCUAUGCAAUUGCUCUCUAUAUUUCCAUGUACAUAGCAAUUAAUUUGUCAAUUAUGUUUUUAUAAAUGUCUUUGAAAUUACCAGAAACCUUGAUAUAAUCUAAAAUGGGCAGACUGCUGCCUUACGAUGAUUAUAUGGACAUUGUUCUAAUUUCAUGUGGUUCUCAAGAUAUUUUCAAAACAUCUGGUAAGAAUAAUCUCUCUCUUCCCUCCAGUGUACAAAGGGUAUUAAAAAGAGAGAUGGGGUGACUUUACCAAUUUUGGUUCUUCAUUCAUUUUUUGCUUCAUUAGGAAUAUGGCCUUCAACAGAAAAUGUUGCCUGUCUCUGAUCUGAUCAAUCUAUGACACUAUUGAUUUCAUGAGCAGUUUAUUAUUAUUCUUCAGAAAAUAUAGAUGAAUAUUUUAUCUGUAUUGUAGAAAAAUUAGCAAUAGAUGUUGAUUGCUUUAAAAAAAUCAAUGUCAUUCUGAGGAACUGAAAAUUGACUUCUAUUAAUUUUGACUGCAAUCUCAGUUCACUGCAUAACUAUUGGAGAAGCUGAAUGACUACUAACUGGUGUUGCAGAGGCUAUUCUAUGUGAACCCCAAAAAUUGUAGUUUGAACAAACCAUGAAUAGACAAACUAUAGCUCAAUGUGAUAUGCAAUCCUGGCUAUUCUGAGUAUUAAGAUCAGAUGAGAUUCUCUGUUAUAAGUCAUGCUUUUACUGUCUUAUGUUCAUUAUGUUCUGAUAUAGCUUUGAUGGCUUAAAGGAACUAGUGAUAGAGGCCACAUGCUUUCUCUGAUUACCAUCUGUUAAGAAACAAUAGCAGGAAAAGUCUAUGGUGUCCAGGUUUUAGGCUUCCAAGAGAUAAAGUUGGCUAUAUAGUAGCAACCAGGAUGCUGGCCUAGAUGGAUAUUUGUUCUGAUUUAAUGAGGCAUUUUUAUAUCUCUGAUGAUUAAUUAAAUCAGUAUUUCAGUUUUCCAAGUUGAUGUUCAAAGCAAAUUCCCCCACAUAUUCUAGGAAGUGAAAAAGGAACUCAAACUGGGAUGGCACAGCUCCUACUCAUAAAAUUAACAGUAAUGUUCAAGCAGGAAGUGGAUGUGAAUAUUUAAAAAGUGAGUCUGAAUAUAAGUAGCCCAGAUACCAAGUGCAUUACUCCCAAAAUAUGUUGUCUCUAAUUGGUAUUCACUUAAUGAUGGUGAGGUCAUCAGAUUUACUUUAACAGAAGGAUUAUAGCAUAUAGCAUGCUACUUUGGAAGCCAAUCAAUAGGUCUCUAGAAGUAAAAUGAAAUGAAAAGGACAUAUAGCAUCUCUAAGAAAGCAGACAAACUGAAAGAACUAGAACAACAUUUGAAUGAAUUACUCUAUCUUUGAAUUGAAAAAUGUGCAGUAAUACAAAGAAAAACAGGAAACUUUACAGAAAACAGACAAACUACAGAGGAAAGAGUGCAGUACACUGAUAAGAGUACAUUGUGCAGUUCACAAAAGGAAGUGAAACUGCAAUGCAAGUGAGAUCAGAUAGACCUUUGAGUGGAAAUAAUUAUAAGCGAGAGAACAGUGUAGGAAUAUGAUACCUAUUUUCAUGUGCAGGGGAAAAAAUCUAGUCCUUUCAUGUCAAAAAUACCCAAUAGUCAGUUAUGCCACUUAUCUUCUGGCAAUAAAUGUUUAUGUCAUCAGUAAUGCUAAGCCUGUCUUUCCCAAUCUAGCACCCUUCAAAAGCCAUAUAUAAAAUGUAUAUGACAUUCCUGAGUUAUAGUUAAAGUUCACAGAAUUGACAUUCCACUCUGGCCUGGUCCAUAUUAUAUCUCAUCUUUAUACAGGUCAAGAAUCUACUUGAUAGAUCUGCCAUACUGAUGAAUAUAUGUUUUAAAAUUACAAGAAAAACUUACUAGUGCUUUUAAAUAGUAAGCAGGCUGCUAUAGAAAUAAUACUUUCUUUUUCACUGGAGAUUUUAAAGCAAAAAUGUAUUUAUCAGCUACAUUGUAAGAAUAGAUGGCUGCUUCAAUUGAUGGAAUAUAUAUUUCCUUCCAAUGCUUCAGUUCUCUGAUUCUAUUAUUUAGAAUCCUGGAGAAUCCACUGCAAAAUCUUCCAGAUGUUCCCAUCUUAUAUAUGCUGAUUUCACUGAAACUACAUUUAUUAACCUUUCUUCUACUAAUUUCUCAUGGUUUAGAUGAAGGUUGGCUUCUGCUGCUUAUGGAACCUAUCUUUAGCCUGUCUUAUUCUACACACAAAACUCAUGCCCUGUAAUUUAUAAAAGAAUUUGAGUUUCAUGUUAACAUGUUACAAACUUCAGCCCACGAAGGGAUCCUGUCUGAAAAGUCCAUAAUAAUUUGUUAGAUGAAUCAGCAAUGGUAAUUAUGAUGAGCAAUCAGCAAUGGUAAUUAUGAUGAGCAAUCAGCAAUGGUAAUUAUACUGAAAAAGAGCAGGAAUGAAAUAUGUUUAGUCACCAUGUUUAAUGUACACAGAAGAGCCUCUAGUUAAUGCACGGUUCCACUAAGCUGAUAUUAUAGUCACUUUUAGCUCUUUUUUAUUAUGAUGGUAUCUAAAACAGUGGCAUCUUUCAGAUCAGCAGUUUUGAUAAGAUGAUUGGCUCUUACCCCUCAGGAAUUCUUCAGAUAAUAAACU